AUGGCCAACGCAAACCUCAGGAACACCCAAGACAGCAUGCUAUUCGGUCCCUUGGGAGACAAAUUGCCACUCACCACGCAGCACGCUGGCUGGGACGGAGUUCAGGAUUUCCGGCAUGUCAAUUUCCCGGUCGCGAACACAAGUGGCUCCUUGUAUCCGAAUCAGACCUCGAGAGGCUCACCUUUCGCGAAUGCCAAAAGCUCCCUAGAGCUUCUCACUCGUUUAUGUGAGCACUCCAAAUGGAAAUGGAUUGAUGGUGUUCUACUGGGCGGCUGCUUGCAUUACGGCCUGGAACACUUUGAGGAAGCCUUAGAAUGGUUUACCCGAAUCACUUCCCUGGAGCCGAACCAUGUGGAAGCAGUGUCGAACCAGGCAGCGACUUUGUACUGCCUGAAUAGACAAGAGGAGGCGGAGAAGUGCUGGUUGAAGGCGAUCAAAACUCGACCGCAGUACCUUGAAGCGGUAGAACAUUUGGUCGGUCUGCUGUACAAGAAGAAAAGCGUCGACGCGGUUGAUGUCAUCAGUUUUGUUCAAAAGUCUCUUAAGCUACCAAAGGGGUCAACAGGGGAGACUGGCUAUGAACCUGCCGCUGCCCGAAGAGAUGCUGCUUCCAGCCUGGCGGCUAGCCUUCUAGACGAAAGCCGAACCCAGCCUGGCUUUGGUUCGAGCGGUUAUGCCAUUCCAGGUACCGAAAAUGGCCGCAUCCUCGCAUUAGUCCAUGCCAAAGGGACAAUGCUGUACAGUCUGAAGGAUAUCGCAGGGGCGUCUGAAGCCUUCGAGGAAGCUGUCUUGAUCAGCGCAGGAAGGAGAACAGCAUCUGUUCAGACGUUGGUCCGACAGAUCCAGCAAGUUCUGGCACCAAACGGCAGCAAUCGCUGUGUCAGUGAUACGGCGACGCCGUCUCGCCCCUUGUUACUGCCACCUGAACAGGCGAGGCGCACGGCAAAGCUGGUUUUUUCUAACAACGGCGAUCUCCCUGGACUACGGUUCGUGCCUGAGGGCGGCCCUAAGCGAGCGGCAAUUCAAACUACGAGCAACUCGCUACUUUCUCUCGCCAAGAUAUUCCAGGACGCCAUGUCCUCUGGCUCACAGGCUGCCGGACUAGUCAGGAAGUCGGCCGGCGUUGGUGACAUUCUUUCUCUUUACUAUCUUUCAUUGUCACUUCAAGAGAGCCCAUCUACGGCAAAUAAUGUAGGCAUUCUACUUGCCAGUGUACAGCAGCCCAUGGCAGCAACAUCGAGUCAGACUUUAUCGUCAUUGCCUAGUAUCCCUGGCAUUACCCCUGGCAGUGGACUCGCUUUGGCUCUUGCGUACUAUAAUUACGGGCUUACACUGGAUCCGAAGCAUGUUCACCUGCACACCAAUCUCGGCAGCCUUCUCAAGGAUAUUGGACAGCUGGACCUUGCGAUUCAGAUGUAUGAGCAGGCUGUUCAGUGCGAUGGAAACUUUGAUAUCGCCCUGACAAACCUUGCAAACGCCGUCAAGGAUCGGGGGCGUAUCAGCGAUGCAAUCACAUACUACAAAAGGGCUGUUCACUCCAAUCCAGAAUUUGCAGAAGCAGUGUGCGGGUUGUCUACCGCCUUGAACUCGGUUUGCGACUGGAGAGGCAGGGGCGGCGCACGACUACAGGGGGGCACAUACGAUCGCUGGCAUGUUGACAAUGAGGGCAUGUUUUUCGAUGCUACAAAGGAAGACCAUGGAUCCGGCCUCACGAAGAAAGUUAUCGACAUCGUGUCUCGCCAACUCGCUGACGCGUCAACUUGGGGCGUUGGCGUUCUACAAGAUAACGACAUUGCCGUAUUGGUUGCACAGCUGUGCUUGGUCGACGGGGAGUCGGAAGACGCCCAUUCUGACUUCUCGACAAAGCUACUUAGCUGGUCCAAGAGUCCUUGGGAAGGAUCGCGUCUGCUGAGGCUCGUGGAGCGUGGAGCACGGGCAGCGAUGCGGCGAUGUAUGCAAUCUGUUUUCGGUUUUCACGAUACCACUCGCGUAAAGGCAUUCUGUUAUGCCACAGCAGCAAGCGAUAAAUCUGUUCAUCGGCUGCAGAUUGAACGUGAAGCGCCCGUAUUCAGAGAUGCCAGCACAUGGACUUCGGACAGGCUAGUUGGGCAAAUCGUUCAAGACAAUAUCCAUAUCCUUGUCAACCUGAAUGGCUAUACUAGAGGUGCCCGCAACGAAAUUUUUGCUGCGAGACCUGCUCCGAUCCAAAUGUCCUUCAUGGGCUUCGCCGGCAGCUUGGGUGCCGAGUGGUGUGACUAUCUGCUUGCAGAUGCCACGGCAAUCCCCCCGGAGACAUUACGCCCUUGGCGUGGUAACCUCUCUGUUAAAGACAUUUUCGAUGAUAAAACUGAAGAAGGCGAUGGAGACUGGAUCUACUCGGAGAAUAUUGUGUUCUGCAAAGACACUUUCUUUUGCUGUGACCAUGCGCAGUCGAGCGACCCCGAUGAACAUAAAGUAUCAUGGGAAGAUGAGCAGUGUCGACGGUGGAGCAUGCGGAAAGAGCUGUUUCCUAAUCUGCCCGAUGAUACCGUUAUCAUGGGAAACUUCAAUCAACUAUACAAGGGCGCGCUGCCCAAAGGUCCUGUAGGUGUCGAGGCAGCAAAAGACCUCAUCGCUGGCAGUGAAGACGAUUACGAGCUCUUUGCCAUCAGACUAGCUAAUGACCUAUCCUAUCGAAUUGGUCGUGGUGGUUAUGGUGAAGGCAGGGGUCGGUUGGCAACCUUGCGCAAAACACUGUGGGACAGCAAAUGGACCUGUGCGCUUUUCGAUACCAGGCGAUGGGUGGUUGAUCUAGAGAGGGCCUACGACGAGGCGUGGCGGCGAUGGGUAGCGGGAGAGGACGGAGAUAUCUACUUGUAG